UUAAGCGCCACUGCACAUUUUGCUCAUAUAUAAUCGAUGUGUCAUAGGUCAAACCGAUGAGAUACCGCCAGCAGCCUCCGAAGUGCAGUCGACGCCGUGUUUUCCAGCGAAACAUCGACUUCUGUCGUUAUUGUGAAAGUUUUUAUUACAUAAUCGAGACAACAGCAAAACUCCCAGACAUGACGCGAUCUAGCGUAAAACGAAGGCAUUCAGAUUUACCACAGUUUGAAUCCGUUGCGAGAAUCUCCAGUUUUCCGAUUGUAGAAAGUGGUAUUUACAUCGCUGGAAAUGUCUACGAUAUGAUUAAGCGCUCAAAUUCGCUGAUGUGUUGGAGUCUCGAUACUGCAGAACACUCUUUAGCACUGGCAACUGCUUCAGCCAAGCCUGCAAUUUUCGCCCUAAAUGGUCCAAUUGCAACUAUCGAUCACCUACUCUGCAAGGGCAUCGAUAUGGUAGAGCAAAGAGUACCAGCUGUUAAUCUUCCUCCUCAAAUCAUGUACUGGAACACGAGAGAAUACGUCAACAACAAAAUUGUGAGGCCAGUCUUAAAACGAGCAGACAGCGUAAAGCAGAUAAGCAGCCUGGCUGCAUAUGCAGCAGUAGAUACAUUAGAUGGAGCUCUUACUGUCGCUGAUGAAUAUAUCGAUCAUUAUUUACCAGGAGAUCCUGGUGAUAAAGUUGCUGAAGUGGAUGCGAAUCCCGUUGAAGAGACGAGUAAAACAGUUCGCACCAUCAAACAUGGUGCUCGUUUUUCCAGAAAAUUGCAGAGAAGGCUCACACGUCGCACAAUGGCAGAAGCCAAAGCUCUCAAAGAACAGGGAACAGAAUGCAUUGCUGUGCUUCUAUACGUAGCAGAACUCGUCGCAACUGAUCCUAAACUGGCUUACCAAAAGGCUAAGGAAUUGUGGGCGACACUUAGCUUGCCAGAACCAGAAAAUCAAGCCCGUCCAGCAACUUUGGAACAGUUUUUGGUUUUGCUUACACGGGAAUUAGCUCGUCGAAUCGUGCACUUGGUGAAUGCAACAGCGGUAAUCGCUUCGCGAUCACCUCGUUUUUUCGGUAGAUUGCUGGUGUCCAUUUCACACCAAAUGCUUUCUAUUGCUGAUGCUACUGUAAAGAUGACACCUGUGGUAGGAAAGCUCGAUAGUACUUUAUUCAAAAAGAAGGCUAUAGCUGUGCGCGAUGCUAUCGAUAGGCUUCACUCACCAACGAACGUACUAUUGGAGCAACUGGCAGCCUUCUUGGCAGGAAGACCCAAGGCCCCGAAAAUUACUCAUAAUCAAAAUCGUCAGCAAAAUCACAAUAAUCAUAGGGCAAUCUCGCCUAGUCCACCAGUCAACGGAAUCGAAUAUUCAAUAAUGACUGAGACACAACAACUUCCUCAAUUGGAAAUUUUCCAUCGUGUCCUUGAACUUCCAACUAUUGAGUUUGCUCUUUCAAAAUCAGCGAGCACGUAUUUUCGAGUGAAGGCUUCUUAUCAAUUAGUUAAUUGGGCUCUUUCAACUGCUGAGUCCUCCUUGACAAGUGCAACGAGACAGGCAGUACCAAUUGCAGCUCCUAUUGCUAAGAAAUUUGAAACCCCUAUUCACUUCUUUGACCACACACUCUGCCUCGGGCUUGAUAAAAUAGAAGAAAAAAUGCCUAUGGUUAAGGAACAGCCCGAACAGAUCCUGGAGAAUGCAUAUAUGCUUGCUCUGCAAACAAUGAGACCACCGGUUAUAGACCUAAUUAUAUCACAAGCUACAUCACUGAAGGAUAUCAGUUGGAAUAAGGUUAAUCAAAUCUUAAGUACGCACUAUGGAUCAAUGGCAGUCGAAGGUAUCGACAAUACAGCAGUGAUCGUCGACAAUCUUAUCGACAAAUAUUUUCCUCCUGUUGGAGAAGAAGAAAUUGUCGAAAGAAUGGCAUCAGAAGCCCAAAAACCAACGUCAUCUAUCGAGAAUGAAUCUCCUCAUUUUGGAUCACUAGAUCGAAUCAAAAACAUCCCCGUAAUCAGUUCUGCAAUUGAAAGAACUGGUUCGACUUACAGCUACUUGAAGGAUUCUAACUACUUGGUUAACUGGGCACUGAGUCACGCUGAAGCUGGUCUUCAUUAUGCUACUGCUGCAGCUGCACCAAUUGCCACACCUUUGGCGAAAAAAUUCGAAGGUCAAAUCAGCGCUGUCGAUCAAAAAUUAUGCCAGGGACUUGAUGCUGUUGAGAAGAAGGUACCUAUGGUCAAGCAACCACCACAACAGAUUUAUGAUGCUGCGAAAGAAGUUAUGAAUAGCACAUUGCAGCCAACAAUUGACAGACUAGUGUCUGCAAAACAAUCUGCAACUCAACAAGCUACUUCACUCAAAGACAUUAGCAUAAAUAAAGCUAAUGAAAUUCUCAGCACUCGUUAUGGAGCUUUGGCUGUUCAAAGCGUUGACAGCACGAGUGCUCUCGUCAACAAAUUGCUGGACCACUACUUCCCACCCGCUGAAGGCGAAGAUGCUCAACCAGCUCCAGUUUCAGCAGAGGAGAAUAAAGUUUUGCACGCUGUGCAAACUGUUGGACAACUCUCGUCAAAGACAGCAAAUCGAGUUUAUCAUUCUGUUGCGGCUCAGCUAAGAACUGUGAAAAAGGAAGAUGUGUCCACCUACAUUUCAAAUGUUGUCUCGAUUCUUCACCUCACGUACUUCCUGAAUGUUGAAAAAAAAGAUGAAGCAUCGAGUCCAAAAAAUGGUGCAUCUGAAAAAAGUGCAGAAAAAAGUCCAGAAAAAAAAGAUGAUUAAUAAUAAGAAAAACAAAAUUCACAGAUGAUUUCACUAUAAAUUAAACAUUUCUCUCUGAAAAGAUUAUUCUUGCCAGUAGUUCCCUUUCAUCAAAAAUCUUCCACUCGUGUAAAAAUGUCAAUUAUAUUAAUUAUUUGUUACUGCCACCAAACAAUACAAAAGAACUGAAAUUGGCUCAGAAUUCUGGUAGGAAGAUCUUUCCCAGUUGAGAAAAUUAUUGAACAUACAUACCAGGGAUAUUUUUACGUUUAAGUCAUAAGAAAGAUAUAUUUUAGUAGAAAUUUUACCUUACGAGUAUAUUUAUUAAAAACACUGAUUAAGCAAACAAAAAAUAUUUUUAUAAAAUUAUUGUACAUUCGAGGGUCGAGCUCUUUUCCUUUUUUCUUCUGAUUGUAACCACGAUAAAAUCGAAUUAGUUUUCUACGCUUGACAAAUUAUUUAUAAAUUUUAGUACAUGGGCUUUUGUAAGGAAACAUGUCUCAUAAUAAAUAUUUUCGUUACGUAA